AUGUACGAGGUCCAGUGGGCGGGCCUGGACGACCCCAAGCAGAACACGUGGGAGACGGUCGCCAAGCUGAAGAACCUGGGCGUCGUCUCCAUGGCGAGGGCCUACGACGAGCGGCAGGCGGCCACGGCGGCGGGCAAUGACUCGCGCCCGCUGAGCCAGAAGGAGAUCCUGAAGCACUUGGAGUCGUUCGGCCUCAACGAGGACCAGGUGCUCAACCAGCACAUCGGCAGCUUCUCCGCGGGCCAGAAGUCGAAGCUCACGCUCGGCGCAGCCUUCUGGACCAAGCCCCACGUGGUGGCCCUCGACGAGCCGACCAACUACAUAGACAUGGAGACCCUGGACGCGCUGGCCAAGGCCCUGCAGCGCUUCAAGGGCGGCAUGGUGGUGAUCUCGCACUCGAGCGAUCCAGGGGGGCGCGUCUGCACGGAGCAGUGGCUCGUGGAGGGGAACACCAUCGCCUCGGUGACCAAGAGCGAGGCCAAGAAGUAA